AUAUCCUAUGGAGCAGCAUCACCUGCAUUGAGUGAUCGAAAAAAUUUUCCUUUGUUCUUCAGAACAGUAGCACCUGAUUCAUCUCACAAUGCUGCUAUUCUGGCAUUUAUACGCUUUCAUAAAUGGUACACUGUAGCUGCUUUCCACGAGCAAGGAGAUAAGCAUGCACUGCCCAUGACAAAGCUUGUCACCGAUCUAGAACAAAUAAAUGUUACCGUAGCUUUAACCAAAGGAACAAACGACAGAGAUUUCAAAGACCAUUUACAAGAAAUAAAGCAUCAAGAUUGCCGGAUUAUUAUCUGUAGCUUUUCAUCUGCUCUUUUUCGAAAAGUGUUUUGCCAGGUUCAUAAGCUUGGGAUGCAUGGUGCGGAAUACGCAUGGAUUAUACUAGGUGAUUCUACGGAAUCCUGGUUCGAAGACACAUCUGAUACAGACUGCAGCGAAACCCAGUUAUCCAUGGCCAUUCAAGGAGUUAUUUCAGUUGGUAGCCAUUACGAAGCUGUCGGUAAUGGAACCGCUACUUCCGAAAUGACUAUGCCCGAAAUUCUGAAUCAUAUAGGAUUCAACACAUCACCUAGAUACAGUGCUUUUGUUCCUCAGACAUAUGAUGCGGUUUGGGCGAUAGCACUGGCAUUUCGGAAUGUUGAACAGCACUGGCGGUCGACAAACGCCUCCGUAACUCUCGGCGAUUUCACGUAUGACAAGCAUUUCAUGGCAAAACGUAUUUCGAACACACUGGCAAAUUUACGCUUCUUGGGUGUUUCUGGUCCAGUCUCUUUUCAUAACUCAGACAGGGUUGGUAUCACAGCUUUCCAUCAGAAACAAGGCAAUUCUCUCAAAAUAGUGGCUAUAUAUAAUCCUGAUGGAUCUAUACUAGACUUUCAAUGUUCAGUAUGCAAUGACCUAGUGUGGCAAGGAGGGAGUCCUCCAAUAUCAAGCCGGGAUAUAAUUAUCAGAAUAGCUAUUCUGGAUCGUCGAGUUUUCAUCUGUGUGACUGCACUUGCCGUUCUCGGAGUUAGCCUGGCUCUAAUCUUCUUAUCUUUCAAUUUAUAUUAUCGUAAAUUCAAGUUUAUAAAAUUAUCAAGUCCAAAUCUGAACAACUUCGUGGUUGUAGGCUGUAUUCUAGUUUACAUUGCAGUUAUCUUACUUGGAAUGGACAAUGGAACUCUAAUCCGUUCUGAACAUUUUCCUGUUAUAUGCACUGCUCGAGCUUUCUUACUUUCUGGAGGAUUUUCCCUCGCUUUUGGAUGCAUGUUCAUCAAGACAUAUCGUGUGUAUCAUAUCUUUAUACGAACCAAUACGAGUAUCGUCAAAAGUAAACUUCUGCACGAUCAGCAAUUGCUCGGCAUGGUUAGUGUGCUACUCUUAAUUGACUGCGUCCUUGUAACGUUAUGGGUAACGAUAGAUCCCAUGCAACGCCAACUGACCAAGUUAUCCAUGCAGGUUAAUAAAGAUGAGCCGAAUGUUGUAUACAUGUAUUUAAAGGAGCAUUGCAGUUCCACCCAUAUGGCUAAAUGGUUGGGAAGUUUAUAUAUCUACAAAGGUCUACUACUAGUCGUCGGAUGCUACAUGGCUUGGGAGACAAGGCAUGUCAAAGUUCCUGCCCUCAACGAUUCUCAGUAUAUUGGAAUGAGUGUUUACAAUGUAGUCAUCACAAGCAUCAUUGUUGUAGCAUUGGCCAAUGUUAUUCCAGCAGAAAGAUAUACUUUAACAUUCGUCCUUGUUUCUACAUUAAUAUUCGUAUCUACGACAACUACGCUUUGUAUACUCUUCGUGCCUAAGAUACACACCAUUCUUAUCAACCCAGAAGACUCGGCCGUAGUUGCAACCCCAGGAGUAAAAGUCGAAUGCAAAACACGCCGCUUCGCUUUGGAUGAACCCAGAGAAUCCCUUUACAGAGCAGAAGUACUCAAUCGAGCUCUGAAGAGAGAAUUGGCAGAGUUAGACGAAGAAUAUAAUAGAGUAGCAGCGAAAGUUGGGCUUACUCCAUGCGCUGUUCGGAAACCUGAACCCAGUGAUGAAAAUCAGGAAGAAGAUAGUGAUGAUGGUCUUCCACCUUGGAUCUCAGAAUACAAAGAUUACUCUUCAACAGGAAGUGACGAUAUAUGGUAUACAGGGAAAUCAACAAUAGCUUCAGCUUUCACUGCGAUCCAUCAUGUAGCGCUUCAGUUACCAUCAACAUCCGCUAGCAUUCAAAGAGAAGGAAGUCCAGUAAGUAUGAGAUUUUGAUCCAGUGGAAGAAACGACGCACGAAGUUUCAGAAUUUUUUUUUUUUUUUUUUUAUUUUACUCUAUAUAGUCUCUUAAGCUUAGCAAAAUUUGCAUGCUUUACAUGCUGUAUAGUUAUUUUGGUUUUAUUUGCUAUUAAUCAGCACUCUAAUAUGAGCUUCAGUUAUGUAAUAAAUUGUUGUUUUAAAUUGUCAUUAAUUACUUUAAUAUAUACUCAGUGGAAAUCAGGGUGCAUCUUCUUCGGGGGGCAAAUUCUUAUAAGAUUGAAUUUUGUGACUAUUAAAGUUACUAGUUCGUCUUACCUACAAUGAU